AUGCCCGCAGGGUCCCCGGGCGCUGUGUGUCCCUGCAGCCUGGGCACCUGGGUGCGUGCCCAAGGUGACACCUACCAGGUGGUGGCCGACGUCAGCCAGUUCGAGCCCCCCGACAUCGUGGUGACCACCUCCAACUGCCACGUCGCCAUCCAGGCUGAGAAGGUGGCUGAGGACGGCACCGUCUGCGACACCUUCACCCACAAGUGCCAGCUACCUGAGGACACGGACCCGCUGUCGGUGAGCUGUGCCCUCACCGAGGCCGGCACGUUGGUCAUCCCCGCCCGGCGCCGUGCGGGCACCUGCCCUGGUGAGCCCCCGCAGCCGCUGUACCGCAGCGAGGCCACGCUGUGA